CCUGUAUCUCCUACCUGAUGGUAACAGUGAGAAAAGGGCAUGCCCUGGGGGCUGCCUUUCUGAGACACCACUUCCUAAAGAUGUCCUGGGUACUUUGUAGGCUAGUACCCAAGAUGGAGGUGACUAGAUUUACAACCUUCUGCAGCUUCUUUCAGUCCUGUGCAGUAGCCCCUCCAUACCAGACAGUGAUGUAGCCUGUCAGAAUGCUCUCCACGGUGCAGCUAUAGAAGCUUUUGAGCAUAUUUGUUGACAUGCCAAAUCUCUUCAAGCUCCAAUACAACUGUUGUUGGCUGAAUUUCAGAUGGUGACGAGGAGGUGGACAGGACUGAGACUGAUCAGCUGGCUGAGUGAUGCCACAGCCCCAACCUGGCACUCAGGACCAAGGAAUUGAUUGUGGGCCUCAGGAAUGGGAAGUUGGGAGAACACACACCAGUCCUUAUCGAGGGAUCAGCAGUGGGAAGGGUGAGUAGUUUCCAUUUCCUGGGUAUAAGCAUUUCAGAGCGUCUGUCCUGGGCCCAACUGUCACAACCACAGAUCCGGCAGUGCAGUAAAUGUGGUAAUUGCGCUUGUGAAUUUGCAUGUGUCAGGUAAUUAUUAUUUAAUUGUGAUUGUAUUUAACUCCAUUCUUGUCGUUAUAGUGUUUGUCGAGACCUGGACAGAGCAUGGCAACACUUCACUGCUGUUUUGUAUUCGACCUUCCCUGAACUGUUGGACUUCCAAAUCAAUUGACUGAAGACUAGUGGUAUUCCUUUCAUCUUUAGAUGUUCUUCUCAGCGGCAGCGUAGGCUUCGUUUUCCUUUGAGAGUUUUAGUUAACGGCCCUGUUUGGCCUAGCGUUUGUUGUUUAUUUUCCCUUUAACACUGUCCGUAUUAAAGUCUGUGAACUAUCAAUCUGUUUCAGUGUCUCUCACUCCACACUCGGGCCAUAUCCGAACCGUAGUGACACCAACAUAUUGAUGCAAUAAUGAGGAAGACAUGUCAGUGGCUGUACAUCCUAAGACUCUGAGGAGAUUUGGUAUGCCACUAAAGACUCUAGCCAGGUUCUAAAGAUGUCAUGUGGAGAGAAUUCAAACUGGUUGCAUCAGCAUUUGGUAGAGCACCAGUCAUCCAACUCCAUCAUUGGCACCAGCCUUCCCACCACCAAGCACACCUUCAAAUGGCGAUGCCGCAAACACAUGGUAUUCAUCAUCAAGGCCCCCUCCACCCACUAAACACCCUCUUCUCUUUACUACCAUCAGAGGGGAGGGACAGGAGCCUAAAGACACAUAUUCAAUGUUUUAGGAACAGCUUCUUCCCCUCUGUCAUCAGAUUACUGAAUGGACAAUGAACCUAUGAACACCACUUCACUAUUUUUGCACUACUUAUUUAGUUUGUAUAUUUCGCUUAACAGGGACACAUCGGGACCAGUAUGUUUUGGCCCAAUUAAGCAGCUGCCCCAAUUAGCCAAAGUUUCAUGGAAAUAGAUAAAAAAGUACGAAAAAGACAAACUGAGUAACAAAUUAUGUAUUUAAAUGAAAUACAGAACAAGUUAGGACACUCCCGAUAGUACUACAAUACUAUAAAAUUGUAUAUUAGCUUGUAAUGGCUACUGACAGAGGAAUUCAGUGAGUGUAUGCUUGCAUAGCAGUCAAUUGGUGAGCUACCCAUUAAAGCAGCGAGGUUUAACGCUUUCCCCAAUAACCAACAAUUUAAUUUCAACAGCCCAGCCAUAUUUGAACACAACACUGUUAUGUGAUAUACUACCUUCUUUGAACCUGAUAGCGUUGCAUGUUUUUAUCAAAGGGAACCAUCCAGCAGAACACAGUAAUAAAAGGCCUGUUUCACUGGCAUUGCAGAUAUAAUCUGCACAACAUUUUUUGAAGCAAGUUGGUAAUUUCCAUGUUUCUGCACUUUCUCAUGUGUGCUUUCUUGAAUUUAAUGUGGUGCCAACACUUCCAUUGAGACACCUUUCACAUCUUCAUGGCCCAUCUCCUUAGCCAGCUCCUCCGACUUGUUUUUUACAUUGGUCCACUGACACACACACACACACACACACAUCUCGUCCAGUUACAGUGGAAAACCAUCGAUUAACAGCCUCUUCAACAUCCAGAUCCUUACCUUCGUGCUUUUGUUUUUGGGGUGUUUCUGUUGUCCCUUAAGCCAAGCCCAUUUUUCUCGCAGGGUACAUCAGGAUGAUCUUUAUCAACUACAGCUCGGCAUUCAAUACCAUCAUCCCCUCAAAAUUAAUCAAUAGGCUUCAAGACCUCGGCCUCACAACUUCCUUGUGCAACUGGAUCCUGGAUUUCCUCACUUGUAGACCCCAGUCAGUUCAGAUUGGCAACAGCAUCUCCCACACAAUCUUCACCUGCACAGGUUCACUGCAGGGCUGUGUGCUUAGUCCCCUGCUCUGCUCACUUUACACUUAUGACUGUGAGGCUAAGCACAGCUCUAAUUCCAUAUUCAAGUUUGCUGAUGACACCAUUGUCGGAGGCUGAAUCAAAAGCGGUGAUGAAUCUACAUAUGGGAGGGAGAAUGAAAAUCUGGCUGAGAGGUGCCACACCAACAACAUCUUAUUCAGUGUCAGCAAGACCAAGGCUGAUUGUUGAUCCAGGAGGAGGAAACCGGAGGCCCAAGAGCCACACACACAAAAUGCUAGUGGAACGCAGCAGGCCAGGCAGCAUCUAUAGGAAGAAGCACUGUCGACGUUUUGGGCCGAGACCCUUCGUCAGGAUCAGAAUCAGGCAACACACACAAAAUGCUGGUGGAACACAGCAGGCCAGGCAGCAUCUAUAGGGAGAAGAACUGUUGAUGUUUCAGGCUGAGACCCUUCGUCAGAACUAACUGAAAGAAAAGGUAGUAAGAGAUUUGAAAGUAGGAGGGGGAGGUGGAAAUCCGAAAUGUUAGGAGAAGACCGGAGGGGGUGGAGUGAAGCUAAGAGCUGGAAAUGUGAUUGGCAAAAGGGAUACAGAGCUGGAGAAGGGUAAGAAUCAUGGGACGGGAGGCCGAGGGAGAAAGAAAGGGGGAAGGGAGCACCAGAGGGAGAUGGAGAACAGGCAGAGAGAGAACAAAAAGGGGAAGGGGAAAAUAAAUAAAUCAGGGAUUGGUUAAGAAGGGGAGAAGGGGCACUAACGGAAGUUAGAGAAGUCAAUGUUCAUGCCAUCAGGUUGGAGGCUACCCAGACAGAAUAUAAGGUGUUGUUCCUCCAACCCGAGUGUGGCUUCAUCUUGACAGUGGAGGAGGCCAUGGUUAGAUAUAUCAGAAUGGGAAUGGGACAUGGAAUUAAAAUGCGUGGCCACUGGGAGAUCCUGCUUUCUCUGGUGGACAGAGUGUAGGUGUUCAGUGAAACGGUCUCCCAGUCUGGGAGCCUAUGAGCCAGUUCUCAUUGCGGGAAUGAGAGGUGGAGAGGGUCAGCAACUUUAAAUUCUUAAGUGUUAUUAUUUCAGAGGACCUGUCCUGGGCUCAGCAUGUAAAUGCAAUUACAAAGGAAGCACGACAGCACCUCGACUUAGUUGGGAAUUUGCAGAGAUUUGGCAUGAUCUCCGAAACUUUGACAAAGUUCUAUAGAUGUGUGGUGGAGACUGGCUGCAUUCCAGCCUGGUGUGGAAACAUCAAAGCCCCUGAACAGAAAACCCUACAAAAGGUAUAUCCAAAAAGUAGUGGAUACGGCCCAGUCCAUCACAGGUAAAGCCCUCCCCACCACUGAGCACAUCUACAUGAAACACUGUUGCAGGAAAGCAGCCUCCAACGUCAGGACCCCAACCAAGCAGGCCUUGCUGCCAUCAAGAAGGUACAGGAGCCUCAUGAUUCACACCACCAGGUUCAGGAACAGUUAUUACCCUCAACCACCAGGUUCAGGAACAGUUCUUAUUCCUCAACCACCAGGUCCCACACCACCAGGUUCAGGAACAGUUCUUACCCCUCAACCAUCAGGUCUCACACCACCAGGUUCAGGAACAGUUAUUACCCCUCAACCACCAGGUCCCACACCACCAGGUUCAGGAACAGUUCUUACCCCUCAACCACCAGGUCCCACACCACCAGGUUCAGGAACAGUUCUUACCCCUCAACCAUCAGGUCCCACACCACCAGGUUCAGGAACAGUUCUUACCCCUCAACCAUCAGGUCCCACACAACCAGGUUCAGGAACAGUUCUUACCCCUCAACCACCAGGGUCAGGAAUAGUUCUUACCCCUCAACCAUCAGGUCCCACACCACCAGGUUCAGGAACAGUUAUUACCCCUCAACCAUCAGGUCCCACACCACCAGGUUCAGGAACAGUUCUUACCCCUCAAUCACCAGGUCCCACACCACCAUGUUCAGGAACAGUUAUUACCCUCAACCACCAGGUUCAGGAACAGUUCUUACCCCUCAACCACCAGGUUCAGGAAGUUAUUACCCCUCAAUCACCAGGUCCCACACCAUCAGGUUCAGGAAUAGUUAUUACCCCUCAACCACCAGGUUCAGGAACAGUUCUUACCCCUCAAUCACCAGGUCCCACACCACCAUGUUCAGGAACAGUUAUUACCCUCAACCACCAGGUUCAGGAACAGUUCUUACCCCUCAACCAUCAGGCUCUUGUCUUCUCACUCUGGUUGGACAGUCCUUCAUUGAUUCUGUUAUGGUUAUUAUUCUAUAGAUUUAUUGAGUAUGCCCACAAGGAAAUGCAUCCCAGGGUUGCACAUGGUGGCACAUACAGUAUGUACUUUCAUAAUACAUUUACUUUGAACUUUUAGUUUAUCUUGCUGAUGCUUCAAGCUUGCGAUUGUAGAUUUCAGCUUUCCAGUUAUCUCUAACAGCUGAUGAUGAGUGCUGUUAGGGGGAUAGCUUUUAAUUUGGUCAGGUAGGGAAAUACUUUUUCAGCUCAUGUCAAAUCUUCUUGUGGCAAAGGUCUCAAAAAAUGUUUAAGGUCAAAAUAAAAAGAAAGAUCAAAAAUCAUUGCUUUUUUGAAUUGGCGCUGUCAGCCCAAAAGGAUAAGGUAAUACAGGCACAUGCAACUGUUCACUCUGAGCACAGACACGCGACUGAACGUCUCCUGUCCUAAUUAAACAGCAGUGUCCCAAAUAAAUGAAGACGAUUUUCUCAAUUUGUUUUUGUUCUUCAAGAAUAUGCGUGUUAUAUUUAUGUGUGCUGUAUAUACGGUGUGUAUAUUUCUUACUGUAAUUUAUAGUAUAUGUGAUAUAUUGCACUGUACUGAUGCCACAAAACAACAUAUUUCGCUCAGUGGCCACUUUAUUAGGUUUAGGAGAGGAAAUUGUUGUGGUCCUGCUGUGUUCAGAGAUGCUCUUCUACACACCACCGUUGUAAUGCGUGGUUAUUUGAGUUCCUGUCACUUUCCUGUCUGCUUGUGCUGGUCUGCCCAUUCUCCUGUGACCUCUCUCUUUAACAAGGUGCCUUCACUUACAGAACUGCCGCUCAGUGGAAUUUUUUUUUUGUUUUCACACCGUUCUUUGUAAACUGAUAUGCGUAAAAAUCCCAGAAUGUCAGCAGUUUCUGAGAUACUCAAACCACCCCAUCUGGCACCAACAAUCAUUCCAGAAUCAAAGUCACUUUGAUCACGUUCCUUCCCCUCUCUGAUGUCUGGUCUGAACAACAACUGAGCCUCUUGACACUGAGUUGCUGCCACGUGAUUGGCUGUUGAGAUAUUUGCAUUACGAGCUGGUGUCCGGGUGUACCUAAUAACGAGGCACCGAGUGUACUUUAGGCAUCACGCAGAACUGCUGAUACAACACACAAAGAUCUGAUAUAAUAAACCUGAUUCUGAUUCAAUGCUGGUAUGACUUAGACUCAAAUUUACAAUCAAAUCAAGACCAGAAAACAAAGGCACGGAAAGAAAGACUGGAUUAAGGAAAUAAGAUGGAGAAAGAAAAGAGUGAGAAUUCUUUUUAUGUAAAUAAUUUGUUAUUCAACUUUUCAACACACAUUAAGGUCUGAAUUAGUAUCAAGAUGCAAAACCCUGCUAAUUUUCAUGCCAGAGAAAGGACUUGCUUCUGGUGUUCUUAUUCAAAAGUAAAUUUAUUAUCAAAUUAGUGACCCCUCGAAUUGAGGAGUUGUCCCAUCAGUGGAGAGUGCCUGUGUGCGACUUUGUGUAAUGUGGGGAGACUGACGCACGGACAGCCACACAUGGUCCUUGACGGAUCAAGGUCAGGUCCAAUGGCUUGGACUGAGGACCCUUUACCACUGCCGGUGUGAUGUGUCAUUAUCCUCCGCCAGCUCCACUGUUGAGGUCUUGGUUGGUUCACUCUUUGAGUGGAACUUCCCCCUUGACCUUCCUGCUCUGGGUGACCCUGCCAGGAGCUAAACUCCAGGGGGCUUUGAGUUGAACUUCCCCCUUGACCUUCCUGCUCUGGGUGACCCUGCCAGGAGAUAAACUCCAGGGGGCUUUGCCCUCAGGAGUUCAGAAACCCACAAGCAUCUCCACCACGACAAGGUGA